AUGUAUGCAAGAGAUACUGAAAUACCUGGCAAUGAAUUCGAAGACGGAGACUUCUUGUCGAUAAAGAAAUGUUCUUUAUCACAGAAUGUAGAUGCAUUUGAUCCAUUUAAAGAUAUAGAUGAUGACGAGGAAUACAGUUUAGAAUAUCAUGUGAUAAAUGCAUGUACAAUGGGCCACCUACAAAUUAUUCACAAAUAUCUUCAAUCACAUGAUGUAAAUGAAUUUUUGAAUACUGGAUGGACCCUACUUUUAUAUGCUGCAUCAUAUGCUCAAGUAGAUGUAAUUGAAUAUCUUGUAACAAAUGGAGCUGAUGUUAAUAAGCAUAAAGAUGGAUAUACACCAUUAAUGGCUUUAUGCAAUUGUACUGAAGGCGCAACAGAAAAACGUGUGCAAUGUUUAACAUUACUCAUAAAAGCAAAUGCUAAUGCAAACACUAGUAGUAAACAAAGGCAAACACCUCUAAUGUAUGCUUGUGCAUCACAGGAACCAGAAUUUAUAGAAGAAUUAAUAAAAUGCACAAAAAAUGUUAAUUUAUGUGAUAAUAGAAAACAAACAGCUCUAAUGUAUGCAGCUGUAGCUAAUAAACCAGAUACAGUUAAAAUAUUAUUAGAAAAUGCAGCUGAUGUUACAUUAACUGAUUACCGAAAUUUAACUGCUAAAGAUAUAGCUUCCCUGAAAGGACAUAAUAAGGUUCUGUUAUUGUUAGACUUUAACGAAGAAGAAAUAAUAAAUACUACCGAAAUAUCGAAAAUAUAUGAUUGGAAGGAUAUGUUUCCAUCAUUAAUCAGUAAAUGUGAUCAGACCAUAGAUUGUGAUGUGUUUGCAAUUUUAAAUGGGAUGGCCUUAGGAAAUUAUGCUCAUAUUUUCCAAGAGACGAGUCUUAAGAAUUUCCUAAACUUAACUGAAAAUGAUUUGUGCCAUUUGGGAAUAGAAAUUGGUGCACAUAGGAUACAGUUUCUAGAGUACCUCCAUAAAUUUCAUAGAAAAAAGUGGAGCAUACAUAGUAUUGGUGCUAUUGACAAGUCGUUACCGUAUACGUUAUAUAAUGGUGUAGUUUCUUUAGGUACAGUAGCUAAGCAGCUUGCUGUUAUAGGCUCCAGUUUUCAGUAUAUUAAUAACAAUUUAACAAAAGCAUACAAUGAGAAUAUAUGUUUAACUACAGAACAAAUAUCUAAUUAUACACAAGAACUUAAGAAAGUCCGAACAACUCUUGGUCUUCUUAAAAAAGAACUUAUACAAUUAAGAACACUUUCUAAAAAGAUUGAGAAGGAAAAUAAUAUUGGUACCCCAGCAACAUAUAUAGGCCCAAAAGAAUAUACCUCAAAUUGGCUAAUACCCUUGAGUGUUAUAGCAAUUAUGGGAAUAUACAUGUACAGGACAGGACAUGUACAGGACAUAUACAGGAGAAUAUCAUUUCAUUUACUAUUAUUUCCAUAA